AUGUCGUCCAAGUCCUCCCUGUCGUUCGUCGACGCCAACGUCGCUGUCCGAGUCCUCAUAGCCCACGGAAAACUCUCCUCAUCGCCGCACGCCACCCCAACCGAAUUCAUCGCUAAAGCAACAGAUUGUCGUCUGCCGAGCGGUGUAAUACGGUGCGUGGUACGACUUCAGUCACCGAGUCGAGCGCUCACAAUUGUCCAGGCCCUGAACGCCGAAUAUCCUCCACGAAACGGGCUCGGAAUUUCUGUUCUCCGAGCGAAGGUUUUGCCUUCUUGUGCCCAUCGGCUCCCCGCAUCGCUUUCUUUCCCUCGACCCCCUUCGCUGCUCAACCGCGCACGCGCUCUCCGCGGUCACGCCCCGUCGCCGCAUCCCACGCCUCAUCGCCCAAUUUCAUCCCUCAUCGCUGCAUUCCACGCUCACCAAUCGAGUCAAGCGCCGAAGCAACGGCCGAUUUCAUCCGCCGAGGGUCGAGCGGCGCCGUACGAUGCUUCAGGCGAAUUUACGGUGCGUGAUACCUCUCUCGAGCUCAUGCGGAAGACUUACGACGCUCUAAGUUGUUCGCGGGAGGCGACGAGGCCAUCAAUCGCCGCUCGGCGAGCGAGGCUGUCGCGUUCAGGCCAUCUGUAUCUUUCCAAAACCUCCGACGUCUCGCGCUCAUCGUCUCCGCGUCGUCAUCGUGCCGUCGCACUCACGUCUCUCUUCUCCUUCUGUGAGCAGCAACAUGGGCUCGCUCGUCAACCUCAACAACUCGUGCUCGACCUCGGUCUCGCCUUCGCCUCUGCUUCAAGGCUCCUUCCCUCGGUUGCAUCGCCUCUCCCCUCCUAUUGCUUCAAGUCGCCUUCCGCCUCCCUUCACCUCGCUUCUCGCCUCACAUCACCUAGCUUCUCGCCUCCCAUCUCCUCGCCUUUCGCCUCCCUUCGCCUCAAACUUCCUCACGCUCCCCAAACCUCCUCGCGCUCCCCAAACCUCUCCGACGCGCUCCCGACGACGCCCCACCUCCCAGCGCCUUCUGAUCAAUAAAGCAAUGUAUUUUCGUCCGCCGAGCGACCUAAUCAGGUCUGGGCUCUCGUCUUUGGGUCUUCCCAUCAUCUUGGG